AUGACUCGACUUGGAUUUUGGCUUGUGUGUUGGCUCUUCUUCUUGCCCGUGCUGGUCAGUGGAGGUCUCCUCCGUGGACUGCAAGAUGAGACCAACAACGACAAUACGGCCGCCAUUGUGGGUGGAACCGUGACGAGUUUUGGCCAACACCGUUACUUUGUGGACAUGGAUUGGUGCGGUGGGAGUCUCAUUUGGGAAGAUAUUGUCAUGACGGCCGCCCAUUGCGACGGGAGUGGCUGGACGGUCAAAUUAGGUCCUUCCCAAGUGUCUCGCAACGUGGUGGCACGACGGGUGCAUCCCAAUUACAACAGUUUCUCGAAUCGAUUCGAUAUCAUGGUGGCCAAAAUCAACAGUCCCGUGCCGGCCGCUACCAUUAUUGGACUCAACAGCAACGGUGGAUCUCCGUCGGAUGGAGAUGCGUUGGAUGUCAUUGGUUUGGGUGCCACAUCCGAAGGAGGAGGAUACGAUGGACAAUUGAGAAUUGUUACCGUCAAUUACGUGCCCAAUAAUGAAUGCAAUCAGCUAUAUGGAGGGGAUAUCACCAGUGACAUGCUUUGCGCCGGAGUCGACGGUGGCGGCAAGGACUCGUGCCAGGGCGACAGUGGUGGACCCAUCUUUGAAGGAAAUACCGUCGUGGGUGUUGUGUCCUGGGGAGAAGGUUGUGCUCGUCCCAACUUUCCAGGUGUUUAUUCUCGAGUCUCUUCGUCGUACGCAUGGAUUCAACAAAGCAUUUGCGAUCUCUCCGACAAUCCUCCAGGAAGCUGUGGAGGAGCCGCCACCAAUCCACCCACCAACCCGCCCACUAGUCCUCCUACCAAUCCACCCACCAGUCCUCCGACUCCUGGACCUCCAACGACCGGGACACCCACCAGGCCUCCUGUACCCUCCAGCACUCCUACGGAACCCCCCACCAAUCCACCAACACUUCCACCCACAAACCCUCCCACGGCAUGUCAAGAUGACGAUUGGAGUCUUGGUGGCGGAUGGGGAAAUGGAAACGGAGACUGCAAUGGAAAUGGAAAUGGUCCAACCGACCCACCCACAGACCCACCAACUGACCCACCCGUAACAAGUCCGCCCACAGAACCACCAACAACUCGCAAUCCCACUUUUGCUCCCACGAGGGCACCGACGAAUCCACCCACGGACCCACCUACCGAUGCUCCGACGGAUCCUCCAACCGAUGCACCCAUCGCCACACCCACCACCAAUGCUCCCACUGGAACACCCACCAAUCCUCCUACUGAUCCCCCUACGGAACCUCCGACAGAGCCACCGACCGAAGCUCCCACAGAUCCUCCAACCGAUGCACCCAUUGCGCCCACGGAUCCCCCUACAGAACCUCCCACUAAUGCUCCUACGGAACCUCCUACUGAUGCACCAGUGGACAGCAAUCGAGAUGGAGAUGAUGAUUGGGACAUUAAUGGAGGCUGGGGUGAUGAUUGGUGGAACCGUCAGUAA